AUGGAUGGAAAUAGCCACUUUAAUAAUCACUCUUCGCAUAAACAGCCUCGACCUUCUCAAUCUAUUCCUCAGCUAGCGUCCCAGUUUCAAGCAACAUCUCUGCAUCCUACAAGUUCAUUUAACUUUGCCCAUCAGGGCAACUUUCAACAGGGACUCUCGCCACAGCAGCAGUCACCGCCACCGCAGCAGCAACAACAGCAGCAGUCACCGCCACCGCAGCAGCAACAACAGCAGCAACAGCAUCCACAAAACUCGCUACAACAGCAGCAACAACAGCAGCAGUACCAUAAUCCCUCUGCAACAGCUGCCGCUGCCGCUGCUGCCGCUGCUGCUAAUGCUUCUUCGUCUGCAACGUCUUUAGCUUCGACCUCUUCAUCCACAAGCCCACAGCGGCCACUUGGUCCUUCUACUCGCGAUACAGCUUUUACAAAUAUAUUUGGGUUUUCGCGACCCCAGCCUUCAAUUUCUGGCCCAGCUUCGGGGAAUGGCUCAACAACAACCACUUCUGAUCGUCAUUUCUCAUCUGGCAAUAACAAUAACAAUUCAUUUGGUUAUUCUCAGGCUGGCACUUUCCCAGAUCAUCACCAAUUUGCUUCAAAUAUAACAAGUAGUGGCGGUUCUUCAGGGGGAGGAGGAGGAGCCAUGCCUUUGUCUUCUUUGCCUUCCCCAAUAAACAUGUCACAGAUUCCACCUGUUCCAGUAACGACUAAAUUCAAUAGCGCUUAUGAUGAGAGCAUGAAUAACCGAAUUUAUGCUAACGGUGCAAAUUAUAACAACUCUUCUAAUACUGGGUUCCCGAGGCCAAAUCGCUCGGAAUCGCCCGCACCUAGUCCAUUUUCGGUUCCACCGGGCCAACAGCAGCAACAACAACCUCAACCUCAACCUCAACCUCAACAGCAGACGUUUUACUCUCCGCCGCCCAUUGCUCAGAUCCCGCACCGACCAGGGUCUGCGGGACCUCAACUGCAGCCCGCAUUCCAGCAGCAAGAUAUAAAUAGAAAUUUUGAUUUUGCUUCAGCCAACCAUCACCGCCAACAACAGCAACUGCAACAGUUUGCGCACGGCGGCGGGGUACCACAUCGCCCGAGUCUCCAAACCUCCCACCAGUAUGGUUCAUUGCCUCGAUCUCCUUCCUUGCCUGCUAAUCACUUGUCUGCUCAGCUUAAUCAAAUUUCUCAAAACCAAAGCCAACAACAACAACAGCAGCAGCAGCACCAACAACCCCGGUCUGCAUCUGGUGGCAACAUGCCUUCUCAUGUACCUGUACCACAUGCUGUGAGACCUCCUGCUAGUCAGUACAAUCCAAACGUAAUUCCUGCUCUUCCUGCGCCGUCCACUCGGAGCAUGUCCCUUACAUCGGCGUCUCGGCCUUCAGGGCCUAUGGAUCGGGAUUUACAUGGACGAAGUCAAACAAUGACUCUUUCAGGCCGAAUUAUUCCGCGCCGACAGGGGAUUGAGAUGCUUCCUCAUUUGCACCCAAAUACUGCUUCGUCCAGUGGUAACAAUACCAAUCAGCGAUCAACGUCGACUGGGUCUGCAUCGUCUUCAACAUCACUAGUUCCUAUCAAGGGAGUUAAGUCUAAGAAUCAAAGAUCUACAUCGACAUCUUCGCGUGCCUCAGAAGAGGGAGUUUCGCUUUCGGACCCUGCUCCCAUGUUCCCGUCGCCAUCGUCUCAUGGGUCGCCCAAUUCGUCUUUUUCACGUGGAACUCCGUUCCCAGCACCAACUACCAUUAUUACUACUUCGCGUCGAUCACCACUUGUUAAGCCGGCCUUUUUGUCUAAAGUAGCCCAAGCCUUUCAGCAGCGCAUUGUUCUUCGGGACCGAGUCAAAAACGAGUUGACUUAUACAAAGGCCUUUACUGGUAUUGAGGCGAUAGACUUAAUUUGCUACAUUAUUCAGAGCACGGACCGCAACAUGGCUCUACUUCUUGGGCGUGCAUUAGAUGCGCAAAAGCUUUUCCACGAUGUUACUUAUGAGCACCGACUGCGGGACCGCCCCGAUGAGGUUUACCAGUUUAACGAGAUUAUGGUGGAGCGUGAAGAGGAUGAGCAUGGCCACAUGUCUAAUAGUCUUAGCAAUAGUGUGACUAGUAUUUCUAGCAUGAAUUCAAUUACAGCUACGACUACUGGUGGCACUCUUGUUAACGCUGUUAUUCCUAAUACUGGCACUAAAGGUGCUGUUUCUUCUCAUGCAGCUAAUGAGCGUGCAAAUAGCGUUAGCAGUGUCAAUCAGCAUCAGGGUCAGCAACAUCAAGGCCACCCUGAACAUUCGAAAAAGUCUGAAGCCACAUCUGUUCCUGUCAAUGGUAUUUUUGUCCUUUUAACUAAGUGUUAUUCUCCCACGUGUAGGCCAGACCGCCUUUGUUAUUCAGUUGGAUGUCCAAAAAGGUUGGAGCAGCAAGCAAGAUUGAACAUAAAGCCUAAUUCUGUUUUAAAGCGGGCUGAAAGUCGAUUGUCGCUUCAUGGUGAUGAUGAAAAAGAGCACAAACUGUGGAUUCAUACAGUAUCAAAGGAUAUUGUGGACAGUGUGAGUGACAAGGAGAAAAAACGACAGGAGGUGAUUUGUGAACUGAUUUACACUGAGCGAGAUUUUGUCAAAGACUUGGAGUAUUUGCGGGACUUUUGGAUCAAGCCAUUACAGGUGGGCAACAUUAUCCCUGAGUCUCGUCGGAAAAGCUUCUUGAACCAAGUGUUUGGAGUUAUUCCUGAGGUUCAUGCGGUCAACAUUAAGUUAGCGGAUGCACUGACAAAGCGGCAGCAGCAGGCUCCGAUUGUUGACCAAGUUGGAGAUAUAUUUUUGGAGUAUGUGCCCAAGUUUAAGCCGUUUAUUGAGUACGGCAAGAAGCAGGUAUAUGCCAAGUAUGUGUUUGAGGGGGAGAAGAGCAAUAAUUCAGCAUUUGCCAAGUUUGUUGAUGAAACUGAGCGGAAGAAGGAGUCUCGGAAGCUUGAGUUGAAUGGUUAUUUGACUAAGCCGACGACGCGGUUGGCGCGAUACCCGUUGUUGUUGGAUGCAAUUUUGAAGGCGACAGAUGAUUCGAAUCCAGACAAGGAGAAUUUACCCAAGGCUCGGACGCUUGUACGAGAGUUUUUGACGCAGUUGAAUAUUGAGAGUGGACGGUCUGAGAACCGGCAGCAGUUGAUGCAGUUGAAUAAUAAGAUUCAGUUCCGACCGAAUGAGCGUGUUGAUUUGAAGUUGACAGAUGAGAGCCGACAGAUUAUCUUUAAGGGGACAAUGAAGAAGCGUACUGGAGAUAAGGAGAAUCAAGGAGAUGUUUUGAUUUACUUGUUUGACAAUAGUUUGUUGUUUCUUCGGCCUAAGAUUGUGAAUAAGCGUGAGAAUUUAAAUGUUUAUCGCAAGCCUAUUCCUCUUGAACUUUUGGUAAUUAAUGAAAGCGAUGAAGCGCCACCAAAGGGGGCGACACGUCGUACGUCUUCUUCUCUUAUUUCUACAGCUGCUAAGGUUGCGCCGUUGAAGGAAAAUGCGCAGAACCGAUACCCUAUAAUGUUUCAACACCUUGGACGACGGGGGUACGAAUUGAUUUUGUACACAUCGUCGUACAUUAGCCGAAAGAAGUGGGUGGAGAAUAUUAUGGACCAGAAGAAGGUUCUUAUUGAGAAGAGUGAUGUAUACACACAACACAUUUUGAUGCAACGGUUUUUUGAUCCGUCGAAUCGGGUGAAUUGUGUGACACCUUUUGAUGGUGGGCGCAAGUUACUUUACGGGACGGAUAAUGGUAUUUGGAUUUCAGAUACCAAGAUGUCAGCGGAUGGUGCUGGUCGGGUGACUACGAAGCCUGUUCGGGUGAUUAAUGUGUCUUCAGUGUCUCAGAUUGAUGUGAUUGAGGAGUAUAAUAUGCUUCUUGCCAUGUCUGAGAAGACACUUUACACUUGGCCGCUAGACUGUUUAGAGACGUCUGAUCCGAUUGGGAAUGAGCGCCGGGCACGCAAGGUGAUUGGGCACAUUAAUUUUUACAAGGUUGGUCUUGGGAAGGGGAAGAUUUUGGUGUGUACUGCAAAGAAUGGGUCAUCGACGUCGACGUUGAAGGUUCUUGAGCCUGCGGAUCCUACUCCUAGGGGGAAGAGGCCACCGUUGCGCAAGCUUUUACGGACUCAAGCAGAGGGGCUUGCAGUGCUUAAAGAGAUGGUUGUAUCGAGUGAGAUUGUUUCAAUUAAUUUUUUGACCAACAAUUUGUGUGUUGGGUGCACCAAGGGGUUUGAGAUUAUGAGUUUGGACACUUAUAUGUCAGAGUCAGUGCUUGCACUUGCGGAUACUGCGCUUGAUUUUGUGACUCGACGGGAGACGGUAAAGCCUAUUGCGAUUUACAGGUUACAGAGUGAAUUUCUGUUGAAUUACAGUGACUUUUCAUUUUAUGUGAAUGCCAGUGGGUGGUUAUCACGGCCCAAGUGGAUUAUUCAUUGGGAGGGGUUGCCUCAAGGGUUUGCCAUGUCGUAUCCCUAUAUUAUUGGGUUUGAGCCUAGUUUUGUUGAGAUUCGGCAUAUGGAGACUGGGGAGAUUGUACGGGUGAUUACUGGAGAGAACAUUAGGUUUUUACAUGAGAAUACGCGGGAGAUUAUGUAUGCUUUUGAGGAUGAGAAUGGGUACGAUGUUGUUGCAUCUUUGGAUUUCUGGCAGAAGGAGAAGAAGCAAGGGGGUAGUGGUGGAGUGAAGAAGAGUAGUUUAGAUGAGAAGGAGGGUGAGUAA